GGGCAGUCGGGCAGCGCCCGUGCGGCGGGAGCGCGAGCGCCCGUCCCACCCGCCUCGCGACCGCCCCUCAGCAGCGGCGCGCGGGAGCCCCCUCAGCGGCGGCGGCGGCGGCGGCGGGAGCGGGAUGAGCCGCCACCCGGCACCCAGCGUUGCUAACAUGAUGACCUGACACCAACAGGACGGUCCUGACUAUGCAGCGCAGGUACUGAUGGGAAAGGAUCCAAUAUGAGUGUAAAUGAUGUUGGAGGAAGACGACGCUUUGAGGAUAGCGAGUACACAUUGCACAUAUACCCCGGGAGCAUCGCCGAAGGGACUAUCUACUGCCCCAUCACUGCCAGAAAAACGUCCACGGCCGCCGAGGUGAUUGAUUCGCUCAUUAAUAAACUUCAGCUCGAGAAAACAAAAUGUUACGUCCUUGCCGAAGUGAAGGAGUUUGGCGGGGAGGAAUGGAUCCUCAACCCUACAGACUGCCCAGUCCAGCGCAUGAUGUUGUGGCCUCGUAUGGCCCUGGAGAACCGCAUCAGCGGUGAGGAUUAUCGCUUCCUCCUGCGGGAGAAGAACCUGGACGGCUCCAUUCACUACGGGAGCCUCCAGUCCUGGCUGCGGGUGACGGAGGAACGUCGCAGGAUGGUGGAGCGGGGCUUCCUUCCCCAGCCCCAGCAGAAGGACUACGAUGACCUGUGCAGCCUCCCGGACCUGAACGAGAAAACGCUCCUGGAAAACCUCAGAAACCGCUUCAAGCAAGAAAAAAUCUACACCUACGUAGGCAGCAUCCUCAUAGUUAUUAAUCCCUUCAAAUUUCUACCUAUUUAUAACCCCAAGUAUGUCAAGAUGUACGAUAACCAUCAGCUGGGAAAGCUGGAGCCCCAUAUUUAUGCAGUGGCAGACGUGGCUUACCACGCCAUGCUCCAGCGGAGGAAGAACCAGUGCAUUGUGAUUUCGGGAGAGAGCGGGUCAGGAAAAACGCAGAGCACCAACUUUCUGAUUCAUCACCUCACCGCCCUCAGCCAGAAAGGAUUUGCCAGCGGAGUAGAACAGAUUAUUCUUGGAGCUGGACCAGUGCUUGAGGCUUUUGGGAACGCGAAGACGGCACAUAACAACAACUCCAGUCGCUUCGGCAAAUUUAUUCAAGUGAAUUAUCAGGAGACUGGCACCGUGCGAGGAGCUUAUGUUGAAAAGUACCUCCUGGAGAAAUCCCGCCUGGUCUAUCAGGAGCACAACGAGCGGAACUACCAUGUAUUUUAUUACCUCCUGGCCGGAGCGAGUGAGGAAGAGAGAUCAGCGUUUCAUCUGAAGCAGCCUGAGGAAUAUCAUUAUCUCAACCAGAUGACAAAGAAAGCCCCCCGAGAGAGCUGGGAUGAUUAUUGCAAUGACUCGGAGCCGGAUUGCUUUUCUGUGGAAGGGGAGGACUUAAAGCACGACUUUGAGCGGUUACAACUGGCCAUGGAGAUGGUGGGCUUCCUGCCCAAGACGCGCAGACAAAUUUUCUCUCUCUUGUCGGCGAUACUACACCUGGGUAACAUCCGAUACAAAAAGAAGACUUACCGGGACGACUCCAUCGAUAUUUGUAACCCUGAAAUCCUGCCGAUCGUGUCGGACCUGCUGGAGGUGAAAGAAGAGAUGCUGUUUGAGGCCCUGGUGACCAGAAAGACGGUGACAGUGGGAGAGAAGCUCAUCUUACCGUACAAACUAGCUGAGGCUGUGACUGUGCGGAAUUCAAUGGCAAAAUCGCUGUACAGCGCCCUGUUUGACUGGAUAGUGUUCAGAAUUAACCACGCGCUCCUCAACUCCAAGGACAUGGAGGAAAACACCAAGACUUUAUCCAUUGGAGUACUUGAUAUUUUUGGGUUUGAAGACUACGAAAAUAAUAGUUUUGAACAAUUCUGCAUCAACUUUGCCAACGAGCGCUUGCAGCACUAUUUUAACCAACACAUCUUUAAACUGGAACAGGAGGAAUAUAGAGCAGAAGGAAUUAGCUGGCACAACAUCGACUACAUCGACAACUCCAGCUGCAUCAACCUCAUCAGCAAGAAGCCGACGGGUCUGCUCCAUCUGCUGGAUGAGGAAAGCAAUUUCCCUCAAGCCACAAACCAGACACUGCUGGACAAGUUUAAGCGUCAACACGAAGGCAACUCCUACAUUGAAUUUCCGGCAGUCAUGGAGCCGGCUUUCAUCAUCAAACACUACGCGGGCAAAGUGAAGUACGGAGUGAAGGAUUUCCGUGAGAAAAACACCGAUCACAUGCGCCCGGACAUUGUAGCUCUCCUGCGGAGCAGCAAGAACGCCUUUAUCUGCGGGAUGAUCGGCAUUGACCCGGUGGCCGUGUUCCGCUGGGCCGUCCUGCGGGCCUUCUUCAGGGCCGUGGUGGCUUUUCGGGAAUCUGGAAAACGAUACGUGGAGAAGAAAACCGGGCAUGAUGAUGCAGUGCCAUGUGCCGUUUUGAAAAAUGUGGAUAGUUUUAGCUUUCUCCAUCACCCAGUCCAUCAGAGGAGCUUAGAGAUCCUGCAGAGAUGCAAGGAGGAGAAGUACAGUAUUACUCGGAAGAGCCCGCGGACACCGCUCUCAGAUCUCCAGGGAGUCAACACCAUCAACGAGAAAGCCCAGCGCGAUGCCUACGCGGUCGGCUGGAAUGGCCGGAUGGGGAUGCGGCACGGCAGGCUCGCCAGCCCCGGCACCUUUCUAGACAAAGACGGCAUAUUCGUCAACGCCACCAACAGCAAACUGCUGGAGAGAGCCCACGGCAUCCUCAUGCGAAAUAAGAACUUCAAAGCCAAACCAAAUCUCCCAAAGCACAUGCUGGACGUGAAGUCCCUCAAGCACCUGACCAACCUGACGCUGCACGACCGCAUCACCAAAUCUCUGCUCCAUCUCCAUAAGAAGAAAAAACCACCCAGCAUCAGCGCCCAGUUCCAGGCGUCGCUCAACAAGCUGAUGGAGACCCUUGGCCAAGCAGAACCUUAUUUUGUCAAAUGCAUUCGAUCUAAUGCUGAAAAGCUGCCCCUGCGGUUCAAUGACAGCCUGGUGCUGCGGCAGUUGCGCUACACGGGGAUGCUGGAGACCGUUCGCAUUCGCCAGUCGGGAUACAGCUGCAAAUACUCCUUCCAGGAUUUUGUGAACCAUUUCCAUGUUCUUCUUCCACAAGGAAUCAGCCCGUCCAAGCACAAUAUCCAUGACUUCUUCAGGAAAAUCAAACUUGAUCCAGACAAUUACCAAGUUGGGAGAACGAUGGUUUUCGUGAAGGAGCGAGAGCGACAGCUUCUGCAGGACCUGCUCCAUCAGGAGGUGCUGCGCCGGAUCACGCUGCUGCAGCGCUGGUUCCGCAGCCUGCUUUGCAGAAGGCAGUUCCUCAGCUUACGGCAUGCAGCCGUGGUCAUACAGAGAUUUUGGCGUAACUACCAGAGCCGAAAACAAGGCAAGCCAUCCCCAGACCCGCUCGCCCUCAGUAAAGCCGCCGUCAUUCUCCAGACGCACUGGCGCGGCUUCGUGGAGAGGAGGAGGUUCCUGCAGAUGCAGUUUGCAGCCCAGCUCAUCCAGAGCUGCUGGCGGGAACACGCCAAGCGGCGGCACGAGGCGGCCACAAGCAUCCAGGCCGCCUGGCGAGGACAUCGCGCCAAACGGUCCUUCACAGCCAGCAGGAGCAAAGUCGUCUGCUUGCAAGCAGCGUGCAGGGGAUAUUUAGCACGACAAAGGUUUCAAGCUUUGAAAGAGCAACGGUUAAAAGAGAUGCAGCUGGAGAGCGGCCUGUCGGUUAGAGAAGAGGAUGGGCCAGAGGCAGAUGAUGCUUUGCAAAUCAAGGGCUCGGACCCAUCAAAGUGGGAGGAUGGCUCAUUUGAAGAGCGACUGAGAGCUGUAGAGGAACAUAAAUUGUUGAUGGAGAAUAAUCAGGUGAAUCACGUGGACCUGCUGGAUACUUCGGCGAGUUUAUUGUACAAAAGGCAAGAGAGAGCCAGUAGCCAGAGCGGGAUGGACACUGAAGAGGAGGUUGUUGUGAGAGAGAGACCCAAGUCAUUGGAGGACCUCAACCAGAAAAAAGUGGUUCGUGCAAAAAGGGAAAGUCGGAGGAUGCGGGAAUUGGAACAGGCAAAAUUUAGCUUGGAGCUGCUUAAGGUCCGCUCCACCGGUGGGCUGUCACCUUCCGAAGAGCGGCGGUGGUCAACCGAGCUGGUAUCUGAGGCACUUCAUUCCCCUCAGGGAACCCCAGAGAGUGAGAGCUCUCAAGGGAGCUUUGAGAUAUUAAGCUGUGAAGAUACCCCAAGUAAUAAACACAUUUCCUUAGUUUUAGACGAGCAAGAUACACUGUUGUUUUCCAUGGACUCUUUGCCUAGCAGUCCCCAGGCUCUUCUGCAGGAGAAGACCUUUGGUGGGGCAGAUGUGAACAGCAAUUUGCCCAGUUGCAGGAGGACACCUUCAGACCUGGAGCUCCCCAAUAGCCUCCCCGUGAAGGUCUGCAACCCCCAGAAUAUUCUGUACAAGGGGCAUCCAAGAGAAGCCUUCCUUGCCAGCAAUCUACCCACUUUCUAUGUGCCACCACAAGAUGACAUGAAGGUAAAGCUGGUGGAGAAUAAACUGAGGAACAAAGCAGGGGAAAGAGAGGAGAGAACAGUUACAUUCUCUGAGGUCAGGAAGGACUCUGAGCCCCAGGGCAAAGCCUUGGGAGAGGAGGAAGAGGAGAAGUCCUCUACCAGGAGAGAGGAACGUGGAGCAGCAACUGCAACACAGGCCCAUUCUCCAGACUCUGUCAUCAAGAGACUGGAAAAACUCAACGUGGAGAAGGAGGAACGGCAAAAGCAGCUUCAGCUCCAAAAUGAGAGGCAGAUGAUGGAGCAGAUCCGUCAGCAGAAGGAAAUUCUGGAGAAACAACGCAAAGCCUUCGAGCAGCAAGGGGGGGUGGAGGCUUUGCAGAGGGUUGAGCAGGGCAGAAUGAAGGACCCUUCCCUCAAACCAACCAAAAAAACGGACAACCGACCUCAAUCGGUCCUCAUCCUGCACCCCCCGAGCCGAGGGGAGCACAGUGUCCCCCCAGGUGUGACUGCAACCCCAUCGGUGGACAUCAAAGGUCUCACCGUUGGGACCAGAGGAAGUUCUCCAGCCCACAGUGCCCCCAAAGACAGACCCGUCAGCAUGUUCAUGGAGCGAAGAGAAGCUCAACCAGUAUCGCCGCUGGAACCCCGGGGCCAUUCCAAGCCAGCUCUGGACCCCAAGGACCUCCCGGGCAGCCACUUUGCAAGGAUGGAACGUCUUCGGCAGCCCCGGGUGCCCAACCAGGCCACCGAGGAGACAAGGGCAAGCGCCAUCUUCUUCACACCGAAAGACAAUCCCUUCGGCCUCCAGGAACUAAGUCACCAAUGCCUGUCCAAGGGUGAACUAUCUCGGAAACCAUUUAAGAUGUCGGGGUCUGGCAGAGGAGAGACAGUGCAGCGAUUCGCCUCCGGGGAAGGCCAAACCAAACUGCACAAGACCAUGUCUCAGGGGGAGAUCGGGAAGCUGGCGGCCGCUCAGAAGAACCUGGCUCCAGAUGGGAGGCCUCACCGAACCAAGAUGAGGUUCUGGGGGAAGGGAAAGCAGGGAGAGAAGAAGACCUCACGGGAGAAGCUUGCUACCCAGUCUGAGCUGCUGGAGCUCUAUGCGGAGCAAGAAGUCCCCGGCCGGGAGAUGAUUUCUGGCUUGCAGCUUGGAGAAGAGUUGGGUCCUCACCACCUGACCCCUCCACGGAGUCCUGAGCUGUCCGGCAUCUACCGGCGGGAGUUUAAGGAGAACAAGGAACCCUCUCCCAAAGUGAAACGCAAGCGCAGUGUCAAGAUCAGCAACGUGACUCUGGAGCCCGUGCAGUGGCAGAACGACUCGCUGCAGAUCAUCACCAGCGCUAGCGACUUGAAGAGCAUGGAUGAGUUUCUCCUGAAAAAGAUGAAUGAACUGGACAAUGAAGAUAGCAAGAAGGACACGCUAGUGGAUGUUGUGUUCAAGAAAGCUCUGAAGGAAUUCCGACAAAACAUAUUCAGCUUUUACUCCUCAGCGUUGGCGAUGGAUGAUGGGAAAAGCAUCCGCUAUAAGGACCUGUACGCCUUAUUCGAGCAGAUUCUGGAGAAGACUAUGAGGCUUGAGCAGAGAGACUGGAGUGAAUCUCCAGUGAAAGUUUGGGUCAAUACCUUCAAAGUCUUCCUUGAUGAAUAUAUGAUCGAGUACAAACCCCUGGACUACACCGCAGUGAAGGUGCCAAAAACGGAGCGAAAAAAGAGAAGAAAAAAGGAAGUGGAUGUGGUGGAAGAGCACAACGGCCACAUUUUUAAGGCAACCCAGUACAGCAUCCCCACCUACUGUGAAUAUUGUUCCUCCUUGAUCUGGAUAAUGGACAGGGCUUCUGUUUGUAAAUUAUGUAAAUAUGCUUGUCACAAGAAGUGCUGUCUUAAAACCACAACCAAGUGCUCCAAAAAGUAUGACCCCGAGCUCUCAUCUCGGCAGUUUGGUGUGGAGCUCUCCCGGUUGACCAGCGGAGAACGAGCGGUGCCGGUGCUGGUGGAGAAGCUCAUCAACUACAUCGAGAUGCACGGGCUGUACACGGAGGGCAUUUACAGAAAAUCAGGCUCCACCAACAAAAUCAAGGAGCUGCGGCAAGGACUCGAUACAGACAUCGACAACGUGAAUUUGGACGACUACAACAUCCACGUCAUUGCCAGCGUGUUCAAGCAAUGGCUGCGAGAUCUACCCAACCCUCUCAUGACCUUCGAGCUCUAUGAGGAGUUUCUGCGGGCGAUGGGCCUCCAGGAGAGGAAGGAGACAGUGCGGGGAGUGUAUUCGGUCAUCGACCAGCUCUCCCGCCCCCAUCUCAGCACCUUGGAACGUCUCAUCUUCCACCUGGUGCGAAUUGCCCUCCAAGAAGAGACCAAUCGCAUGUCAGCUAAUGCCUUGGCCAUCGUCUUUGCUCCCUGUAUCCUCCGCUGCCCCGACACGACGGACCCGCUGCAGAGCGUUCAGGACAUCAGUAAAACAACCACUUGCGUAGAAUUAAUCGUGAUUGAGCAGAUGAACAAAUACAAGGCUCGUCUCAAGGACAUCAACAGCCUGGAGUUUGCGGAGAACAAAGCCAAGAGCCGCCUCUCCUUGAUCCGCAGAUCGAUGGGCAAAGGACGCGUGCGACGUGGCGCCUACCCCAGCCCGACGUCUCCUGUCACUGUACGCUUGCCCUCGGUGACGGACGUCCCCGAGGAGACCAUGAGCAGCGAGGAAGCCAUGGAGAUGGAGGUGACAGAGCAGCAGCAAGCGGCCAUGCAGCAAGAGGAGAAGGUGCUGACUGAGCAGAUCGAGAGCCUGCAGAAGGAAAAGGAGGAGCUGACGUUCGAGAUGCUGACACUGGAGCCUCGCGCCUCUGACGACGAAACCCUCGAGUCCGAAGCUUCCAUCGGCACCGCCGAUAGCUCCGAAAAUUUGAACUUUGAUUCCGAAGGCGCCAUCUCCGAUCGUUCAGAGAGAAAUGUGGUCCUUCCCUCCCUGCGCCCCGCCAAGGUGGAGGGGCCGAGCCGCCUGCGGAGACACCCCCGGCUGCGGCCAGACCCGGCGGACGCAACAGAUGCCUCCAUCUCCUCCUCUUCCUCCUCCCAAUCGUCCACCUCCUGCUUGCCCCACCUGCCCCGCAAGCGCUUCCAGAUGUACUCCAAAUCACCUUUCUACCGAGCGGGGGGGUCCGGUGAGCCCCCCGAAACCCGGGUGACCCCCGAGGGCUUCACAGGACCUCUGCAUCACCCCGAGGACCGGCCUCAGUUCACCACACGUGGGACCUUCAACCCAGAGAAAGGCAAACAGAAACUGAAGAGCGUCAAAACGUCCCCCCCAAAAACCAAAGAGCCCCCGGACGGGGGGACAGGAGGGGGACGCAAGAGAAACGCCGAGGCCGACUGCACCACCGCCCAACCCCUCGUCCUCCUGGGGAGCAACGAGUUCAUGGUCUGAAGAUGCUCCACCCUGGGGAAGUGUUGCGCGUAGGAAUGUCCUCCACAUUGGCACCACCGGCAGCACCCGAUGGCUUCUCGUUAGCACCAGGAGGAGGAAUUCUUAAUUAAAAAGGCCAGUGGUGGACAGUUUUAGUGGUGGCCUUAGUGGUUUUAGGGGGGUUCAGACCUUCGGGGGGGUUGGAGCACCCUUGGGCCGAACAGAGCCUGAAAACCCAGCGGGAGCAUCCCAAGCGUCGUGGCCCUCCACGCUGGAACCACCUCAUCCACACCAACGCCGAGCGCAUGGAAACGCGUUAAAAUCUGCCAAAAAUCACCUUUUUCUUUUUUUUUUUUUAAUUUUUUUAACGUGACUUAACCACCUUUCCUUGUUUUUUUUGGGUUUUUUUUUGGAGACCAUCAGUAUUAAAAAAAAAUAAUAAUAAUAAUCAAAGACUACUUGAAGCUAUAUUUGUUUAUAUGCCGAAUACUGGAGUUUGGUGUAAAUAUAUAUAUUUUAAUUUUG